AUGACAUGGUUUCGGGACAUACGCCGCUACGUAUCGUAUCAGCAGAGUCAAGGAUUGCGACCAGCAACAAUUCCUCGUAAUCGUGAUCGUGGUUACAGCAGCCGCAAUCGUAAAAGUUAUGAUCGUUCAUCGAGAAAUGAUUACAGGGAUGAAGAUUAUUGUGAUAGGGGAGGUAAAGGAAGAAGCGCAGCACCAGAUGAUGAAGCCACUGAAAAACCGCGUCAUGGCAGUAAUUCACGAUCCCCAAGUCGUAGUCCUCGCCGUUCUUCAAAUGAACGUUCAGUGAGCGUCGAUAGUCGUCGAAGCAACCGCAGUGAGAAAUCUCGUCGUUCCGGAUCGCGAGAUUCUUCACGCUCAGCACCACGUGAGAACACUGCUUCGCCACCACCACCAGCUUCAUCUCCUACAGUUAAACGAGAGGCUAUAGAAAAAGGUGAAACUCCACCGCUGCCGCCUUCACCGCCCCCAGCAAAAAUGGUUGAUACUGAACCAAAAAAGAUCAGCCAGGCUAUAGAAAAAGGUGAAACUCCACCGCUGCCGCCUUCACCACCCCCAGCAAAAAUGGUUGAUACUGAGCCAAAAAAGAUCAGUCAGAGUGCUUCGAUAUCUCCUGUAGAGCGUAAAACACGGAAAUCGAAGAAAGAUAAGAAAAAGCGCAGACGUCGAAGCCCUUCAUCCAGUUCAGCGAAUACGGCGAAUGAACCCUCUUCUGAGGAACUAAGCGAAGGGGAGCUUCGCAAAAAAAUCCUAAAGAAACGAGAAAAAGCGCUAAAAGAAGAAGAAGCUAUGGAAAGUAUGAAACAGCAACCUGUUGUAAAGCCGACAUUGGGAAAAUGGGAAGAGCAGGAAGCGGAGACAACUUUAUUGCAAAAUACCACACUCAAAUUCGGCUUGGAGAGCACGGUAAUGUACUCUGUUUCUUCUAGAUUUCUUUCGAAUGCAUGUAUGAAACAGCAACCUGUUGUAAAGCCAACAUUGGGAAAAUGGGAAGAGCAAGAAGCGGAGACAACUUUACUGCAAAAUACCACACUCAAAUUCGGUUUGGAGAGCACGGAAGAAGUACCAAAACGAGUAGUGCGUGAUGCGGUCCCGCAAUUUUCCUCCACGAAGGGUGUUUUCUCCUCGCCACCACCAUCCGCUACGGCCCUAAAUAAGCGUGAUGGGAAUAAUGGCGUGUUAUCGCUAUCGCCGCAGACUACCAAACCUGAUGAUUCAUUGAUGUCAUUUGCAAAGAAAGGAAUCAGAGAUUCGGGAAAGCAAAAUGAAGGAGCGAGAAGAGAGGUCAGUUUAUUUAGCACAGAUAUUGAUGCUUUGCUGGGAAAGCGCCCGCAAAUAGGCGGCUUGGAUGAUUUCAAAAGCGUACAGGUGCUUGAAUUUUGUGAUACUUGUUGCUUACCGCUUUAUCGAAUUGUUUUUUUCCAGGAAAACAAAAUGAAGGAGCGAGAAGAGAGUUCAGCUCGUGGACAGCAAUCACUUAGCUCAUUUCUCGAUGACACCGAUGAAACGUUGCAGCCCACACAAGGAGCCCUACGAUUGAGUUCGUUUACGCGUCAACUGAAUGCGGAACGAGAACGUGAACGAAAACUUGCUCGUUUACCACCGGAAAUACUGUCAAAAUAUACAGCCAAGAAAAAGCAACUAGAAGCGAUUGCUGUUGAAUUUUUUGCAAUUUUAUUGAAAUACGGCUUCAAGGAAUUGAUUUUUCGGCAUUUUAAGAAAAUUUCCCCUCCAUGGAUGCUCGAAAGAAUGCUUCGCUCAAAGGGAUAUUAUGGAUUGCGUCGUGAUUUUCCUCCUUCAAAUGUGUUCCGGGAUAUUGAUAAUUUGGAGCGUUCGCUUGAUUAUGCAAAAUGGUUGGAAUUCAUAACUCCUUUUCUUCGGGAAAAAGAUAGCAGGUUUCGCCUGGCACGCCAUCACCCUUUCAAGCAGCGAAUGAUCCAGCUUCGUGAAGCUGUACUAAAUCAAGAUUGGUCAAAAGUCGGCGCAUUCAUUGGUUUAUUACCAGCUUUUCGCCGAAACCUGAAAGAAGUCCCUGAACCAUUUCGGAAGCAACUGGAGAACAAUUCAGCUAGGACCUGUGGGAUUUUACAACCAUACGCAGCAACUGUUUUCCGAUCGGGCAUGGAGCGUUUCAUGCACCAUGAUAUCCCCGUAGAUAUGAUCACCAAAUCGGCCGCUGAAUUGAUGCUUGCCUUGAUAAAUGCCGAACGAAGACCUUCUAAUACUUUGUUUGACACCGAAAAUAGUUCGCUGCUCUAUGUCACUGAAUUGCUUAUUUUUGCGAUUGCGAACGGACAGGACCAGGAAGCACAGGAUUUGAUAGAUGCCACCUCAUCCUUACCUUCUAUAACACUAAGUCAUAGGGUAUUAUUUCCAGUUCAGCUUAUGCUUUUUUUUGCAUUUGACAGAAUAUUUGCCAAAAAGUAG